CAGAGGGAGUAAAGAAGAAGAAGAAGAUGAAGCAGGUGGGAAAGGCGGCGAAGGCGAGCGUUGGGAUGCAGUGUACGAGGAGGACGGAGAGCGAGAAGGAGAAGACGAAGAUGAGGGAGAGGCAGAGGAGGGCAAUCACCACCAACAUCUUCCACGGCCUCAGAAAGCACGGCGGAUACCUCCUCUCUCCUCGCGCAGACAUCAACGAGGUCCUCCGAGAGCUCGCCAAGGAGGCCGGAUGGGUUGUUCUCCCCGACGGCACCACCUACCGCUCCUUCUCCUCACCCCAUGGUUGGGGUUGCUGUCCGGUUUGUGGGUCGUCGUGGAGAGCGAGCAACAACAGCGCAACGCCGAGCAGCACGGUUGUGGUGGGUGACGGCGGCGGCGGCGGAGGAGGAGGAGAGUACUGCUCAACCACAGCGUCGCCAUUAAGGGACUCUAUGAACAACAACAACAGCAAUGGGGGUGGUGGGUCUACUGUUAUAAGCUCGCUUUACGUCCCUGUUGGUGGCGGAGCUUCCGCUGACGGUGAUAUUCCUAUUGACCAGCUCUGCAUGUACGGUGGGCUUUCUGGAUGUGGUGGUGGUGGGCCAAUGGGGUUGGGACACGUGUAUCCUGAACAGUUGUACGUGCAGGAAGCGAGGGCGUCCAACCAGAACACGCCGGAUGGGUCUCCUCUGCGUCGCGCUUAG